GUUGAUAAUAUAUACAAUUGUUUGGAAUAUUUAAAAGAGAAAAAUAUUCGAACAUUGACUGCUGAACCGAGAAUUGGUGCAUCCGGUAUAGUUGUUCUAUUUCUACACCCUAAAGAUACAUGCAAUGUACUGCAUGAAUUGGAACAUGUUCCUCCGGAAAAUCAUCAUACCGAUUGA